AUGACGAUAGUGACGACUGCAACACAAUUUGACGGUGACGACGACGACGACAGCAACAACAUGACGAUAGUGAUGACUGCAACACAAUUUGACGGUGACGACGACGACGACGACGACAGCAACAACAUGACGAUAGUGAUGACUGCAACACAAUUUGACGGUGACGACGACGACGACAGCAACAACAGGAGGACAACAUGUACACAUGACGACGACGACAGCAACAACAUGACGACAACAGCAACACAUGACUACGACAGCAACAACAACAUGACGACAACAGCAACACAUGACGACGACGACAGCAACAACAACAACAAUGAUGACGAGGGCGCCGCCAGUGGCGCUUCCUUUAACAGUGUCGUGUCACAAAAUGAAGACAUCCCCGGCAAAAGUUUGAAAAAAGUUGGUGAAGAAGUAGGAAAAAAUGGGAGUGAAGAAUAG